GCCGCUGCGGCCGAGGCCCGGGAGGGGCGGCGGCGGCCGCGAGGGUGGGGUGCGGCGUCAGCGCGUCGCCGGCUGGGCCGCGCCGGUGGCCAGGAGGGAGACGAAGAGGAGGAGGCGGAGGAGUCAGAGGAGGAGGAGGUGUUAUUUCAUGGCUUGCUCAGGAAACGGCAACGGUAGGGGUGGUGAACUGAAAGAGAUGGAGGGACAAGCUUGGAGGGCUGGAUUCUGGAAAAGCCCUGCAGAAAAAGGCACUGAAGUGUUUUCAAACCUCACCUCAAAUCUGCUCACCACCUGGAGCCUUAGGUUAAAUAAUCUGAGGCGGGUUGAAGGGCCAAUGAGUAUUCUCCUCAUUGAAGCAUUCUAUGGAGGGUCCCAUAAACAGCUGGUGGACCUGCUCCAAGAAGAAUUGGAAGACUGCGUCCUUUACACUCUUCCUGCAAAGAAGUGGCAUUGGAGAGCGCGGACGUCGGCUUUGUACUUCUCCCAGAAUAUCCCCGUCAGUGAGCGUUACAGGACCCUCUUUGCAAGCUCAGUGCUUAACCUGACUGAACUGGCUGCCCUUCGGCCUGACCUUGGGAAACUGAAAAAGAUUCUCUACUUCCAUGAGAACCAACUGGUAUAUCCUGUCAAGAAAUGUCAGGAGAGGGAUUUCCAGUAUGGAUACAACCAAAUUCUAUCAUGCCUGGUGGCUGACGUGGUGGUAUUCAACUCAUUUUUUAAUAUGGAGUCAUUUCUCACUUCUAUUGGGAAAUUUAUGAAGCUGAUUCCUGACCACAGACCCAAGGAUCUGGAAAGCAUCAUCAGACCCAAGUGCCAAGUUAUUUACUUUCCCAUCAGGUUUCCUGAUGUGAGCAGAUUCAUGCCCAAGCAUAAAACAGCCCACUUACAGAAGAUGCUCAACCUUAAAGGAAACGGCGGUGCCGCUCCAUCCACGGCCCUUCCUUCCAGGCAGGAGCAGGGAAGUUCCGAGAAUGUAUUGGAAAAUGUUGAGUCAGAGUCUGGACCUUGCAACGCGGCACAACAAGAGAGCCUGGGUAGCUCAUUGACGCAGGAGCCACACUUGAAAACGUGCAACUCGCCAGAUCAUUCCAGCUCUCCUCAUGGGGAAAAUCAACAAAAUCCGAAUGACGUUUUGAGUGGGGUUGAUGAUCAACAAAGACCAUUGCACAUUGUCUGGCCUCACAGGUGGGAGCACGAUAAAGAUCCAGAGAGUUUUUUUAAGGUAUUAAUGCAUCUUAAGGACUUAGGACUCAAUUUCCACGUAUCCGUCCUUGGAGAGACCUUCACAGAUGUUCCAGAUAUCUUUUCAGAGUCCAAAAAGGCGUUGGGAUCUUCUGUCUUGCAAUGGGGCUACUUACCCAGCAAGGAUGACUAUUUCCACGUACUGUGCACGGCUGAUGUUGUCAUCUCAACAGCUAAGCACGAAUUCUUUGGAGUGGCAAUGUUGGAAGCUGUGUGUUGUGGUUGUUACCCACUUUGUCCCAAAGAUUUGGUUUAUCCUGAAAUAUUUCCAGCUGAAUAUCUGUAUUCUACACCUGAACAGCUUUCAAAAAGGCUCCAGAAUUUCUGCAAGAGACCUGAUAUUGUAAGGAAACAUCUCUAUAAGGGCGAGACGGCUCCUUUCUGCUGGGCGGCCCUGCGCGGCCAGUUCAGGUCUCUGCUCGCCGCGGAGCCGGGCGGAGGCCUGUGACAGAUGGGGCCCCGUCACAACCUCGCAGCCUAAGGCAGCGUCUGCGGAACCUUCCAGAG